UCCGCGCGUCCUCCUCCUCCUCCUUCCAGCGCGCGCCCGCACCCCGCCUUCUUCGCCGUGCGCGCCCCCGCUACGUCAACCUUUACGCACACGGAUACGCUGCGACCAGGAAACUUGCCCAGUCCGUCGCUGACUUUUCAUCGUGCGCUACAGCUAACCUCUCAGACUCGUCAGGAUGGGCGUUCUGUCCAAGGAGUACGGCUACGUGGUGCUGACCGGCGUCGCCAGCAUGGUCAUGAUUGGACACUUGGCCGUGAAGGUUGGCAAAGCCCGCAAGAAGUACAAUGUGCAGUAUCCCAAGAUGUACAGCGACGACCCAGAGACGGGGCACAUCUUCAACUGCGUCCAGCGGGCCCACCAGAACACCCUGGAGAUCUACCCCGCCUUCCUCUUCUGCCUGGCCAUCGGUGGCAUGCAUUGUCCUCGAGCAGCCAGUGGACUCGGGGCUGUCUGGAUCGUCAGCAGAGAGGUGUACGCACAUGGGUACUCCACAGGCGAUCCUAAGAAGAGAAUGCGAGGCGCGUUCGGGAACGUGGCUCUGCUCGGGAUGAUGCUGACCACCCUCAACUUUGGACGCCACCUGCUGGGCUGGGCCGGACCGAACAUCGGGCCUUUCCGACACACGUGCUGCUAAUGGAGGAGAGCUCGCGGGGCGUAACUGAAGCCAGUCUACAUGAAGCAGGUUUUCCUCAAAACGUGCGCUAACUGGGUCAUUGUAACCGUGGAUGUAGAUGUUGUGCGGUGACCCGCCUGCUCGUCCAGGCAGAGCAGACCCUCCGCACGCUCCCACUACGUAUAAGAUCAGUUGAAAUGAAUUAGAAAUGUAACUCGUUUCAUGUAUUUUUGCAAUAAGCCUACACUAAUGCAAACAUUUAAAAACUAGCCGUAAGGAUGCAUUUGAAUGUUAUUUGCUCACGCUUUGUAUGAAAAUGUAAUUUUUGUACUUCAAUGAAUAAAGACUAAACCUGCUUCCAUU